AAGCGAUCUUCUCAUUUGCCAUCCGAAUGAGAACGCGUUAAGAAGUCGUUGGAAGUACGCUGUUGUUUAGUUACAGGACAAAAAUAGGUCAAGAAUCAAGGAGUUAAAUCCUAAAGUUAUCAUUGUUAAUACGAAAUAAGUUAUGUUCCACAUACGAUACGCACGGUUAGACAUGGUUUAUGAUUUAUACUAACUUUUUAAGACAACAAAAACUUACGUUCCACAUACAACCCACAUACGAUCCACAAUGUCAAAUAUGUACCGCAACAUAUUUGCACUUUUUGUGCUUAUGCUAAUAGCAUCCACAAAUGCUGGCGCACAUCGCAAUCGUCGGGAGAAUCGAUCGGAUCGUUUCUUGGCCAGCAUAGGACUCAAAGUUCGGCGAUACAAUCCUCGUCAGUUGGACAGCCACGAUCUGCCAUUAUACACGAAUAUAGAUCGCGAUUUACGACAACUUCUCCUCACCGCUCGGGGCACAACUCUGAACUGGGCUAUGCAGAAUAUCGAGUCUCUCAAUCAACGCAGUAAGCGAGAAGGAAAAAUGCAGAAAGUGGUUCCCAGUCAAGUGUCAUUUCCGUGUCCAUUAAAUAAUACACGUUCACCCAUAGCACCCACAUCGGUAGAGCGAUUGCGACCUGGUGAUAUUGACAUCAUAGCUGCCAUUGGCGACUCACUCUCAGCAGGCAAUGGAAUUAUGUCCACAACUGCGUUUGACAUGCUCAAUGAGUUCCGGGGCCUGGCAUUCUCGGGUGGCGGCAUCGCGGAUUGGCGCACGUACCUCACGUUGCCCAACAUACUGAAGGUCUUCAAUCCGAAACUCUAUGGAUAUGCCACGGGCAACAGUUUGGUUGUGAAUCAUCAGGUUUCGCAUCUGAGCAUUGCCGAACCGAUGAUCAUGUCACGCGAUCUUCUCUAUCAGGCUCGCGUGCUGAUCGAUCUGAUGCGACGUGAUCCACAUGUGGAUUUGCAGCGUCAUUGGAAGCUGCUCACGGUAUUCGUGGGUAACAACGAUCUUUGCUCGGAUAUAUGCUACUGGAACGAUCCGCAGUCGGCGGUCGAUCAGCAUGCACGUGAUUUGCGAAAAGCCUUCCGCCUGCUACGCGACAAUGUGCCCCGCCUGCUGAUCAAUCUCAUUGUCGCGCCCAACAUCCAGCUCACCAUGAGUCGCCUCACAGGCAUCUCCCUGCAAUGCUUUAUGGUGCAUCGCCUCGCCUGCAAUUGUCUGAUAAGCGAUCGUUUGAGUUCGGCACAGCGAAGGCAGCGCCAGGAGACAAUUCACCGCUGGCAGCAGGUGGAUUUGGCGAUCGCACGGCUUCCCGAGUUUCAACGCAAGGAUUUCGCCAUCAUAGCCCAUCCGAUGAUCACCAAUAUGACGACGCCCAUGCUGCCCAAUGGUGAAACCGACUGGCGCUUAUUCUCCCAUGACUGUUUCCACUUCAGUCAGCGGACACAUGCAAUGGUGUCCAAUCUGCUGUGGAACAGCAUGCUCUUACCAGAUGACCAGAAACCAAAACCCAAUGUACUACCCCAGCCAUUUCAAUGGUUUCGUUGUCCCAGCGAAGAUCAACCCUACCUUGUUGUCAGACCAAGUUGAGACCUGCUGAUCAGUUAUCAGUCAGUAGUCCCAUAAUCUUGAUCUUUGGAUAGAGCUGUCUUGUGAUUUGUAUAUUCUUUUAAAGAAGAACAAGCUUGAUUAACAAUGUAAUUAGAAGUAUAGCCAAAGUAAAUUACCGAAUCGAUUUAGUCGCUUAGCAUAAAAAUAUAAAAUAAAAAUAUGCAAAAUAUAA